CCGUUAAUUUCAAGAGACGAUCAACGCUGGAUGGGUGCUUGGUGGGUUGGUUGGCUAUUGAUUGGUGUAUUGAUGUUUAUUUUCUCUGGCGUAAUUGGUUUAUUUCCAAAAAGUCUGAAGAAAGAAAAAACGGUGGAAAAACAUGAAAUGGACGAAGAAAAAUGUGAGUCGGAACAAAAAACUGAAGAGAUUGAAAACGGUAAACUGAAAGAUUUUCCAAAAGCGAUAUGGCGAUUAUUAACGAAUAAGUUACUGAUGUUAAACUGUUUCGCUAUUACAUUUUAUACAAUUUCUUUUUCUGGUCCCAUGACAUUCAUGGGUCGAAUAAUGGAAGUUCAAUUUAAUAAAACGUCAGCCGGAGGAAGUGCUUUUACUGGACCAAUCAACAUGUUUGGGUUGGCGGCGGGCAUUUUAUUGAGUGGUUAUAUUAUUAAAAAAUAUCAACCAUCACCGAAGUACUUAUUUCUUUGGAAUUUUGUUAUUGGUUUAGUCACAGUGUUUUGUAUAUUAUCAUAUACCCAACUGGGAUGUGACAACAGUCAAUCAUUGACGGUCGAUCAAUCGAUGGUUUCAUGUAAUGCGAACUGUGUUUGUGAAGGAAUUUCUUACACUCCUCUAUGUGACCAUUCAACAAGUACAACAUAUUUUUCACCGUGUCAUGCUGGAUGCAAGACGUUCGAUGAAAAGUUAAACGCUUACAACAAUUGCUCGUGUACUGAAGGCCCAUCAAGUGAAAUUCAAGUGGAGCACCAUGUUUCAUCUGGUGCAUGCAUUGGAGAUUGCAAUUUUGACUUCUAUGCAUACACACUAAUUUCAUUGUUAUCAGGCUUUUUCCUUAUUACUGGUUUUAUGUCAGUCAUAUUAGUUGGUUUACGAUCAGUGGAACCACGAGACAAAGCAUUGGGCCAAGGCUUCUCGCUAUUUAUAACUAGUUUAUUUGCUUUAAUUCCGGCACCCAUCAUUUUUGGUCGCAUUAUCGAUUCCACUUGUUUAAUUUGGAACCAUAAGUGUGGACGGCAAGGCAAUUGCCUCUUGUAUGACUCAAUCAAAUUUCGAUAUUAUAUUCAUACCGCUUCAGCCAUUUCCCUCGCGAUUGGCGCUUGUUUUCAGUUCAUGAUUUGGUACUAUGGCAGAGAUAUUGAUUUAUACGGCGAUUCAAAUAAUGAUAAACAAAAAUGUGUCAAAGUAGAAGACGACCCAUCCGAAAUUGAGCCACUUAAUACAAAUUAUUAACUUUUUAUUUAAUCAAUAAAAAUUACUUAACCAGA